AUGAAGGGCAUGAGCACCAAAGUUUACUUUGAUAAGUAUAACCCUAAUUCAGAGAAGGGGGAAGAUGUCAGGCGCUCUCUGGCAGGCCUCGACUACUCUCCCCUCCCUCGGGUGACGGGUCGCUCGUUGGCCAUGGGCUGCUUGGUCUCAAUGGGUGGCUUGAUCUUUGGUUACGAUACCGGCCAGAUUUCGGGCUUCUUGGAGAUGCCGGAUUUUCUCAAGCGGUUUGCACAAUCUCACGGAAAUGGAGAGUAUAAAUUUAGCGAUGUCAGAUCCGGACUUAUAGUUGCCAUGCUAUCCAUUGGAACUCUUAUCGGGGCUUUGUUGGCUGCUCCAAUUGCCGACAGGAUUGGGCGUAAAUUCUCGAUCAGCUUCUGGUCUAUCAUCGUCUCGGUCGGAUUCGUUAUUCAGAUUGCGUCCGUCGAUGCAUGGUAUCAGGUUAUGAUCGGUCGACUUGUGGCUGGCCUUGGAGUGGGAGCCCUAUCAGUCCUUGUCCCCAUGUUCCAAGCCGAAACUGCUCCGCCGUGGAUUCGUGGCGCCCUCGUGUGCACCUACCAGCUCUUUAUCACACUCGGCAUUUUCCUUGCCGCGUGCUUCAACUACGGGACGUAUAAAGGCCAGCAGAACAACUCGGCAUCCUGGAGGAUUGUCAUUGGCCUCGGUUGGCUAUGGACACUCAUUCUGGGAGUGGGCAUCUUGUUCUUUGACGAGACUCCGCGAUAUGCCUACCGCAGAGGGAGGUUUGAAGAGGCCAAGCAAACGCUGAUGAAGGUGUACGGUGCUCCUGCCAACCACUACGCCAUCUAUACGCAAAUGGAGGAGAUUGAGAGCAAAUUCCGUGCCGAGGACCAGACAAAAGGAAAUCCAAUCCAUGAGUUUGUCGUCAUGCUCAGAGCACCAAGGAUGGGAUACCGAAUUGCGCUGGGUGUGAUGUUACAGAUGUUCCAGCAACUCACCGGUGCCAACUUCUUCUUUUACUACGGCACAACGAUCUUCAAGUCCGUUCAGAUCAGCUCUUUCGUUACUCAGAUGAUCCUAAACGGUGUCAACUUUGGAGUCACCUUCAUCGGUCUCUAUCUCGUCGAGCACUAUGGGCGAAGGAAGUCGUUGAUCGCGGGGAGCAUGUGGAUGUUUGUCUGCUUCAUGAUUUUCGCAUCAGUCGGUCACUUCUCCCUGGACAACCAGGAUCCAGCCAGAACGCCGAAGGCUGGUAUUGCCAUGAUUGUAUUUGCGUGUUUGUUUAUUCUGGGGUUUGCUACCACAUGGGGUCCGAUGGUCUGGACUUUGAUUGCCGAACUCUUCCCAUCACGAUACAGGGCCAAGGGUAUGGCCAUCGCAACAGCAAGCAACUGGACCUGGAAUUUCCUCAUUGCAUUCUUCACUCCGUUCAUCAUCAGUGCAAUCGAUUUCAGAUAUGGAUACGUGUUUGCCGGCUGCAAUUUGGCUGCAGGUCUCCUUGUCUACUUCUUCGUUAUUGAAGGACAAGGACGAACACUGGAGGAAAUAGACACUAUGUACAUUGAACAUGUGUCCCCCAUGAAAUCUUCCAAGUGGGAAGCACCACCUGCGGCGGAGAUGGCCCGAAUCAGAAGGCAGGCCGGCACUGAGGUUGCUGCAUCAGAGGAUGUCGAGUCCCGGGGCAUCUACAGCGGAGAGACGGAAAGGGGGCAUGAUGGUGACAAAGAAGUCGACCAGAGUAGGGAGAUUCAUGCUGAGAGGGUAGGCGUCGAAUGCGGCGGCUAUGUCAGAAACCUCAAGUGGAAGUUGGUGGGAGAGCAGCCCAAAAAGCGCAGCCGGCCAGAGGAAAGGCAACUUCAAAGCUUGGAGAACAUGUCUAUCGAACGGAUAUCGAGACCAUUUUACAAGGAUGCAACUUCAGGUGACCAUGUUACAACACCACCUCUCCAGGCUGAAGCGAGUAUGGCACAGGGCAUCGCGAGCACCAAUAGCGCGUCAUCAGCACGGACUCGAGAAGAGCCUCUCUGGCAAUCAUUACCGCAAGACCAACUCUUUGACUUUGGUGAUGUUGAUUUCAGCGUCGACUUCUUCCUCGGCGAAGGAAACAUCGAUCUGAAUGUGCCUAGCGAUCUGGGCUCUCCGACCAAUACCUCCCCCGGGCCGUCACUAGAAAUGACCGAUAGUCAUCUGUCUUCCUCAAGACAUGGGAUAGAUUUAGAUAUGCGGAAAGAAAAGGGCACCGACUUAUCCGACCUGAUUAUCUCACCACCCUACAUCCCACGGGACUAUGAGGGACAGAGUGGGACUGCAGCUGAUUCUGGUCAACCUAGCCUGCGACGCGGUAACAUAGAAGACAAUCCUGUCCUUCGCGAACGGCCCUCACCAUUCUCAGACACCCCAAAAACAGUCAAGCAACUUUUUGACAGGCAUCUCUGUGAUGCUCUUUCUAUCAAGGACGAUCCAUUCACGAAUCCGUGGCGACUAUAUGUAUGGCCACUAGCUGAUGAGUGCCCGGCACUCUACCAUGCUCUUGCAGCGAUGACAUAUCUAUACCUGAGCAAUGCACGGCCCGAAUUCAGUGGAGUUGGAUCAAGGAAUUUCCACGCCAGCCUCGAGGCUUUGGCACGGGAUCAAAACAAGCCGGACACCAGUCUUGAAGCCUCUAUCGCCGCAAGAUUGGCCCUUGGUUUCGCGGAAGCAUGGGACGACCAAGCAGCCUCUCCUGGUGUCGAACACAUCAAAACUGCUGGAACGCUACUUCGAGGCGCUUUCGAUAAAGACAGGAUUACAAAGCUAACGAGUGAUGAACUAGAUCGUUUGAACUUCCUGGCGCGCACUUGGGUGUACAAGGUCGUAAUGACUGGGUUGACAACGUCUGACGAUGGCGAGUUCCUCGACGUCGAGUCCAUAACAAGGUACAUUGAGCUCGAUCGUCUGCCAGUCGAACAGCAGCUCGAUCCGCUUCUUGGCUGUGCAAUUACGCUGUUUCCGCUGAUUGCGCGUCUAACCAAUAUUAUCAAGGCUGUCCGGCGGAGAACCGAGAAACACAACUCUCCAUCCAUUAUCUCCAGAGGCGCCGAGUUAUGGACAGCCAUCGAGGACUGGAGCCCAUCGUUUGAUCCACAGCAGUCAGAAAACCCCCCAUCUCACGUCUCUGAUAUCAUACAGACGGCCGAAGCAUACCGUUGGACAGCGUUAUUAUUGCUUCGGCACGCCGUACCAGAGCUUCCGUGGGCUCUUUCAAUGUUGGAACUCGCGGAGAAAGUAUUAAUCUAUCUUGCAACUACGCCGGUCACGUCUCGAACGAUAGUUAUCCAGAUAUUCCCCCUGAUGGCGAUUGGCGGCGAGGCAUUUGAUGAAGAAGACCGCAACUGGGUCUGUCAGAGAUGGGAUGCUAUGGCCAAGCGCAUGCCAAUUUCGAGAUUGGACAAGUGCCUGAAAGUCACAAAGGAGGUCUGGAGGAGGAAGGACACGUUUGAAGCACAACGUGGCGCGUGCCCCAGCUGUGGUGCUUAUCGGCCGAGGUCGACCGGGACCGGCUCCCCCAUGGACACCUUGACGGACACUGACUUGUCUGUCGCGUCCUCCAAGAAGUCCGAGGAAGGGAGUCGUCGAUGUCGAUGCAACGCGGUCAAACUCAAUAAUACCCCGUCAUCCAGCUUCCCGGACUCGCUGGCCUUCAAGAAAGGAAUCGACAACAUCACGAGGGCGGGCAAUUUGCAUUACACGGUGAGGGGGGAAUUGCAUUGGUUGAAAGUCAUGGAAGACUGGAAAUGGCAAGUUGUGCUUGGGUGA